AUGAGUAAUACGGUGGGAUUCGCAUGGCAGAUCCCAUGCUCGGGGCUCCGGGCCUCGAGUAUGCUGUCAACGACCCUCCGGCCUCAAUACCGCAAUCUUCGCCUACGGCCAAGCAGCAUACGGAGCAGCGCACUCAGUAACAUCCGCUGGUCUAGCUCAUUGGGCUCUUUCCCUCCAUCCGCACGGCCCUCGGUAUCCCCCCUCUCGCCCCAGCACUCCACGCCCGCCCCUCUGUGGACCAGAACGAAAAGAACCCUGGCUCGCAAAUCCUCGCGAAAGCCCGAACCUUCGCCUAACGCAACCCUUGCCUCAGAAGCCGAUCUUAAGACCGUUUUUCCCUCACAAAUAUCCACCAAAUUGGCCAACCGUACCCUGGCAGUCUUACAUGCGCGGAGGUUGGAGGGUACCCUGGAUUUGGAUCUCCCCGCGGAGAUCACUCGUGCCGUCACCCAACCACAACUGGACAUUGCUUUAGAAUGGUUACGGCAGAAAUAUCCGAUUGACGAAGAUUCCGCAAUUCUAGCUCGGAUUGAACGGGAGGAGCGAGAGGCGGAGGAGAAAUUGGUGCGCCGCGCUGAGCAGCUCGGCCUUUACAAGCCACAGAGCGGCUCAUACGAGGCUGAACUCGGCGAGGGAAAAUCGAUCUAUGGAAAGAGUGUGCUUAAAGAGGCACGUGAGAAAAACGAAAAACGUUUGCUAGCCGAGAAGGAACGGAAGCGUCAACAAUGGUUGGAAGGUGAACACGAGGAACAGGAGCGACUGCAACGCCAAAUUGAAGGCAGCAAAGCACUUCAACAAUACCAGGAGUCGGCUUUGAUGGAAGCGCGUCCGCGGGCGGACCCUAACGAACGGCCGUUGCUUGCUUGGGUUCAAAAGCACCAUAUUGCGGGAACGCAUAACCAAGCAGACGCUGUGGACAUGACGACGACCCAGCGCCUGCUGUCGUCUAUACUGUUCGCUAUCGGUGUUCUCGGCUGUUGCUAUGCAUUCGCCCAGAACUAUGAGGCGCCGACAAGAAAGGAUCGCCUCUGGCCUAACAUUCCUCCGGCCGCGGCAACAGUGGGGGCUAUCAUUGGUGCCAAUGUGGUCGUUACAUUGAUGUGGAAAUACGUUCCCCCCGCGUGGCGAAUGCUGAAUCGCUUCUUCAUCAUUGUUCCCUUUUAUCCCAGCGCGCUGAGCAUGAUUGGCAGCACUUUCAGCCAUCAAACAUGGAGACAUCUUUCCACAAAUAUGAUUGUGCUGGGUCUUAUGGGAACUCGAGUUCACGAUGAGCUCGGCCGUGGAAACUUCCUAGCCAUUUACUUCGCUUCCGGCGCUAUAGGCUCCUUGGUAUCCUUGUCUCGCAGCGUUCUAUUCGGAGCUCUUGCCACCACUUCUCUCGGUGCCAGUGCUGCUACUAGUGGAAUUGUCGCUGCAUGGUGCAUGUAUCAUUUCGAUGACAAAAUCACCAUGUGGAUUCUCCCGCAUGACUUGCGAGAUAUCAUCUACACACAAGGUUGGAUCUUCCUCGCCUGUAUUGUUGGCACCGAGAUUCUGAGUAUGGCGACACCGGCUCGCUUCCUCCGAGUCUUCCCCUUAUCCAGACUUGCCAAGAUGGACCAUGCAGCUCAUCUUGGUGGGUACUUCGUUGGUACUGGGUGUGGUUACGUUCUCACUCAGAGGAAGAGGGAAAAGAAGGCUCGGGAGUCGAAUUGGUUUGAGAGCCUUGUCCGGUAG